AGGAUGAAGAAGUCAAUAAAGGAGAUAGAAUGAAGCCCACGGAAUUCAUUCCAUUUAGAAGUCUGCCUCUGAAGGUUUCACAGAGAAAUCCGGAUUCAGACAGUGCUGAGCCUUCCGGAAAUCUUGGCCAGCCUUCCAAUAUUCUAGAUAUCUCAAACGGCGACAAUUCCGGAAAUGGCAACUCAGUGCCAAUCCAUCCGGAAACACCAACAACUUCUGUUCUUCAACCAGAAGCUGAACUAGAUCAACCAGUCAAUCCCAAUCAACACUAUCUUCGUUGGAAGAAGAAGAGAAAGAUCAACUCUUCAUCAACAUCUGAAAAUGUCAAUCCGGAUGAGUUGAAGGAGAAGGAAACUGCUGAGGAAACCUCUAUUCAAAACCGGAGCCCUCAACAAUUUGAAGAAGAAAUUCCUCAAGUCCAAAGCCUUCCAACCUCAUCUCAGCCUCAUACAGAUGAUGCUGACAACAAAUUCUGGCAGCUCUACUAUAAUUGGAGAGCUUGGAAAGUUGGAAAUUCAGAAGAGCAACUGUUGGAUUGGGACCAACAGCUGAAGAAUGAGAAGAUUAUCAAGAAGUGCUUAGGUAUUCCAGUCAACCACAACUGUGAAGAUAUUUUGAAUGAUUACUGGGUAUGGCAAAAGAACCCUGAAGACCUGCAUAUGGAAUACCUGGCCAACACACCAGUUUCAGACUGUGAAGCAGAUGAUGAAGACACUGCAGUCUUCAAGCCAGUCUUCUCAAAAGCCACAGAAGAUCAAAUGGCUCCCACUUCUGAAGAAAUAGCUGUUUUGGAAACAACAGCUGAGGAUUUCCCUAUCUUUCCGGAAACCUCACCUGCGUUUGAAAUGAUCUCCAAUCAAACACAACUUGAGAUUCUGGAAAAGUCAGCAGAAAUCCCGGAACAGUCAGCUAUUCCAGAAAUCAUGGAGAAAGCAGUAGAAGUCCAAAGACACUCUGGAAAAGUUGAGAAGGAAACUCAGAUGGCAGAAGUGGAGGUCUCUCAAACUCCAAUAGCCAUUUUUGAAGAACCAAAUGAAGCUGAAGAUAGUGACUCCCUCUCCAGAUACAUAUCAAAUUUUGCACUUGAUGAAGCAGAAGGAGAAUCUGAGAGGACACUAAAGAUCACUGAUGAUGAAGAUGUGCAAGAAGAUGCUGAAUCUCUUCCUUUGCAACUCUUUCAAAGGACAUCAUCUCCUCAUCAGAAGGUCCAAGGGCUGAUUGAGUCAGCCCUAGCAUCUCAACAUGCCUCCUUUAGGCAAGAGAUAGAGCUAAUGGAAGCCAAACACACUGAGCUGAUAGAGAAAUCUGAAGAGAAACACAGCGCUGAUCUCAAGGAGAUAAGUAAAUCAGUAGAAAAGACUCUAGAGAUCAUCUCUCUACUGAGUAAAACUGUGAGCAAUACGAUGGAAAUAUACACCUCUGACAGUCAACUGCAAUUCAAUGAAUUCAACAAAGUCAAGGAGCAAAUAGCAAAUGUUACAGUUAGUCUACAAAAACAGAUGUCCCUUCUCCAAAUGGACAUCAGAUCAGCCCUAGCUAUAGCUUCAGCAAAUCAGGUAGUAACCAAAGACUACUUGAAGGUGAUCAUUGACAAUCAAAAGGAAGCAUACAAGCUGUUCAGACUUAUUGGUGCACAUUCUGGGAACCGCAAGAUGGAAAUAAUUCUCCAACAACACAGUCCAUCUCCAAUACCACAGCUCCCUAUUGCAGUCAACGAAGGAGAAGCAUCUUAUGUCCCUUCUCAUCUGCACAUGACUAAUUUGAUCCUUGAAGCACAGCAAAGAAAUCCGGAAAACUCAGCACAGCACCUAUCCAGCUCAGGACUGGAUGGAACAGAAUUUAUAGGUGCAGUUGCUGACCACUUCUCAGAUGAUGCUCAAUCAGAGGAAAGGCGUGAAAAUUUAAGGCGCAUCAAAGAACUGUGUGGGAACAUGCAGGGCAUCAGUGAGGUUGCCGGAUCUUCAAAACGCAAAAGGAACUGAAGGUUCUUUUCAUCAAACCAGGGGGAAAGUAUGUGAAAACAUUUGUUUUGAUGAAAACACCUUCUUGUUUAAACAUUGCUUGAUUGGUUUAAAAAUUGCUUAAGUAUGCCUUAAUUGCGCUUAUUAUGCUUGAUUAUGCUUAUCUCAAGUAUGAUUUCAUCUUAAUUAUUUUUUUGAAGCGCAUACAUUCAGGGGGAAUGUAAUUCAGGGGGAACUUACCUAGUUUUGGCUAACAAUUGUUUUUGGCAAUGAAUUAUUGAUAAGCUC